UUUUGUCUAAAGAUUGAAAAAUUGGUGAGCAGCAUGUUUUGCCCACUGAAACUCAUCCUGCUGCCAGUGCUACUGGAUUAUUCCUUGGGCCUGAAUGACUUGAUUGUUUCCUCCCUUGAGCUAACAGUCCGUGUGGGUGAUUCAGCCCUGCUGGGAUGUGUUUUCCAGAGCACAGAAGAGAAGCGUGUGACCAAGGUAGACUGGAUGUUCUCAUCAGGAGAGCACGCCAAGGAUGAUUAUGUGCUGUACUAUUAUGCCAACCUCAGUGUGCCUGUGGGGCGCUUCAAGAAUCGUGUACGCUUGGUGGGGGACAUCUUACGCAAUGAUGGUUCUCUCCUGCUCCAAAAUGUGGAAGAAGCUGACCAGGGAACCUAUACCUGCGAAAUCCGGCUGGAAAGGGAGAGCCUAGUGUUCAAAAAAGCCGUGGUGCUGCAUGUACUACUGGAGGAACCCAAAGAGCUCAUGGUCCAUGUAGGUGACUCGACUCAGCUGGGCUGUGUUUUCCAGAGCACAGAAGAGAAACGCAUGACCAAGGUAGACUGGAUGUUCUCAUCAGGAGAGCACGCCAAGGAGGAGGUUGUGUUACGUUAUUACCCCAAACUCAGUGUCCCUGUGGGGUACUCCGAGAACUGGGGCCGCUUCCAGAACCGUGUAACCCUGGUGGGGGACACUUCCCACAAUGAUGCGUCUAUCUUGCUGCAAGGAGUGAAGGAGUCUGACAGAGGAAGCUACACCUGUAGUAUCCACCUGGGGAACCUGACCUUCAGGAAAACCACCGCGCUGCACGUGAUCGUGAAAGAGCCCCGAACAUUGGUGACCCCAGUAGCCCUCAGACCUGAGAUCCUGGGUGGUAAUCAGGUGGUGGUCAUCGUGGGGAUUGUCUGUGGCACUAUCCUGCUGCUUCCUGUUCUGAUAUUGAUCGUGAAGAGGACCCACAGGAAUAAGAGCUCAGUAACCUCCACAACGCUGGUAAAAAGCCUGGAGAACAUAAAGAAGGCUGAUCCAGAGGUAAGGGAAGAACUCAAACCUCCAUUUCACUGCUGUAAACAUGUUUACUCUUCAAUAGCCACACGGGAACAGAUGGAGGAGGAAGAAGAAUCCAGUGGAAAAGCAGAGGCCACCUACAUGACCAUGCACCCAGUUUGGCCUUCUCUGAGGUCAGCACCCAGUAACCCACCUGAUAAACGUCAGCUGGGGGAAUUCUAAAACCAGAGCAAGACCUUUGAGAAGAAAGGAGAGUUCCUUUUGCGCUUAGCGUGGCAGAGACUCCUCUGUGUGUGCUGAGUUACUGGAUGGGUCGUUCCGGGACCCCCCCUCCCCCCUGAGUUAUUCUCCUGCCUCAUUGGUCGAAGGGCUGAAGAAGAAGGGUUCAGAACCCGGCAGAAAGACGGGACAGUUGGGAGGGACAGGUCCCGACGGAGUGAAGCAUGGAUGCUGUCCUUCUGGAGCGGGACGCUGGCCCUGGGGAUCCUGGCCGAGCGGCCAUGGCAGCCUCAAGCAUUCCAUCAGAUCCUCAGCUUGGAUGGUGUUCUUCAUGGAUGGGUCCCUGGGAAGAAUUGUAGAAAUAAAAACCAACCCAAAUGAUUCCUUUGGCAAAUUACCCCUAAAUAAAUGUGGCUUGUGGAAACCAUCCUGUUUG